AAAUUCAUCGACUAGAAGCCAUAAAAAGAUAUUCCAUAAUAUCGAAGUUCAGCUGCAACAUGAUGUAUCAAACACAACAAACACGAUCGAGGAUAUAACAAUAGAGAGAAGAAGGAGCAAAGAGAAUUCAAGAGGGAGGGUUGGCCUUUCGAUUCUUUCAUUUUUUUAUAUUGUAUAGGCUGAAUGAGGGUUUCAUCGAGGACAAAAAAAGAAGAAAUAGAAUUUCGUGCCACAUACACACAACAACAAUGAUAUUGUAGAGAAAGGGCACAGUGAGGGAAGAAACCUUAAAAUAAGGGAUGCAAGAACAGAUUCUCAUUCAGUUUGCAACAAAAUAUCAAAGUGAAAGGAAGCUUCAAAAUAUUUUUAAUUUUGAGAAAAUUUUUAUUUUUUUUUUUUGUGAAAAUAAUUUAAUUUGUGGAUUACAAAAAUGACAGCAAAAGCAGCACAACCACCUCAAACAUAUUCAAGAACAAUCUUCAGACCUUGGGAUACAAAGGCUGAAAAAUCACAAAGUGCUAAUAUGGAUAAUAAUGCUCAAGUGCCAAUAGAAGUGAAAGAAGAACAGUUUAAUCGAGCUAUGCUUAUGAACUCGCUAGUGAAUCCAAUGAUACCUGACUACCUUUACAUGCCACCAACACCUCCUGCAGAAUAUUUGCCAUUAACACCAUUUGAUGCUUAUUCAAUGAGCUUUAUGGAACAGGAAUAUGCUCGAGUAAUGGCUGAAGAAGCUCGUGCAAAAAUGAUGAGCACAAAGAAGCAACGACCUAAGAAAUUCAAAUGCCCACAUUGUGAUGUUGCUAGAUUCUCAAAUAAUGGACAAUUAAAGUCACACAUCAGAACACAUACUGGAGAACGUCCAUUCAAAUGUGACACAUGCGAUAAAACAUUUACAAGAAACGAGGAACUUACAAGACAUAAGAGAAUCCACACAGGAUUACGUCCAUUUUCAUGUCCAACAUGCCAAAAAAAAUUCGGCCGUCGCGACCAUUUGAAAAAGCAUAUGAAGACACAUAUGGCAUCAGAGAGAUACAGCACCGUCUUACUUCCUGUCUAUCCUUAUGUUUAUGGAUAUUAAGAAUUAGUUUUAGUAAAUUAAGAAAUUUUGUACAAAAUAAUUAAUUAAGUUAACAAGUUGAG